CGGGACCGAAUCGAUCGUCGCGCCAAACACCCCAACCAAUCAGCCGCCGACGGGACGGACGCCACCGGCGAGUCCCGCGCACCCGAUUCGACCCCGCCCCACCCUGCCCCCAUCCGACCAGCCGCGCACCCUUUAUAACCAGCCGCGCGAUUCCCCACGGCGAAUCCGUUCGCCUUUCGUCCGUUCAAUUCAAUCCCGUGCCGCGGCGAGGAGCGGAGUGCAGGAGGCGAGAUGUGCUGCUGCCCGAGCAAGGUGUGCUGCAUCUGCACGCUCAUCGUGCUGGUGCUCGUCGCCGUCGGCAUCGUCUUCGGCUUCGGCGUCUACACCCGCGGCUUCCACAAGGUCACCAGCAACAUCCACCUCCAGGGCCCCUACGCCGCCGCCAGCCCCGCCGGGUCCUUCCGCACCUACGGCCACCUCGCCGGGUCGCCGCCGUACUAGAAGACCCUUCCCGUCCCUCGCCGUACUAGGCCCUCCGAGAUCUAGGGCUCGGCGACUCGACCGCCGCCCUUCAUGGACUACCACCGCGGCCGCCUAUAGAAAAGGAAAGCAAUCGUCUUGGGAUUUCUUACUUGCUACAUUUUUUGUUUGAACCAAUCGAUUCGAUUGGUUAGUGGUAGUGUAAUUCGUGUUCUUGUCGAUUUGGUAAAGAGUAUCGCCAAUUGAGGCUCA